AAACAAUUAAAUAAUAAAUAAAUUUAGGUUUGAAGCCUGACAAAAAUAAAUUUGGAUGAAAAUAAACUCCGAAUUUAAUGAAUCUAUUCAAGAAUGUGGUGCCAUUGAAGACUUCCAAGAGGUCUUUUUGGGGGGCUUUAAAUGCGAUUUUUAAUCGUGUUUCGGCAAGUCGUAUCGCUCUUGUUGGUCCAGAUAGAGCUUGUGCUGAAUGGCUUAUGAGAAAUGGGGCAUUUGUUAGAUGGAAAGACCAACCAGGAUUUGUUACACAUUAUAAUUUCUUACCACUGGAUCCUGCAGAAAAGCACCCUUAUUAUAUAGAAGAGGUUUCUGCUGUUGAAGCAUCUAUCUCCUAUCAUGGAUUUGAUCAUUUCAAAGGAUGUGAUCAUAUCUUGAAAAUUAAAUUUCAAAAAUGUUGGUAUAUAGAUAAUACUUGCUUGAAGAAUCUCGAACUAUUAAAAAACUCUCUAAUUCAUCUGGAGAUCGACGAAUGUGGUGAAAUAACUGAUCAAGGUCUUCUCCAUCUAUCGCAUCUGCCGAAUUUAAUGUCCCUAAAAAUAGGAAAGCUAGAUGGUGUUAAAAAGUUACAAGACUGUAUAAAGGAAAUAAACGCAAAACUACCGAAUUGCCACAUAAUGCCACCUAGUCUAUGACAAUUAAAAUCUAUCUAGUCAAUAAGUGUUCACUGG